GACCGCGCGUGCUCCAGAUACAGCUCUGUACUGCGGAGGUAGAGUCCCUACCACCAUGACUGAUGUCCUGGGGAUUACUCUCGCCGGAUUUUAACUGGAAAAAGAGGGAACAUGGCAGAGAGGUUGGAGUGGGUGGAGAUCAUCGAGCCGCGCACGCGGGAGCGCAUGUACGCAAACCUGCUGACGGGUGAGUGUGUGUGGGAUGCACCUGCGGGUGUGCGCAUCAAACGCAGUGGCCAGGACCAGUGGUGGGAGCUCUUCGACUCCAACACCUCGCGUUUCUACUACUACAAUGCCUCCACCCAGCGCACUGUCUGGCACCGGCCACAUGGCUGCGACAUCAUCCCCCUGGCCAAGCUCCAGACCCUCAAGCAGAACACGGACGCGGUGCCGCCCAUCGCCGCAGCGAUUGCUGCCUCGGCAGACAGCAGCCCUGCCCGCAGCGCCAUCAGCAACGCGUCGUCGCAAGAGCAGGAGGAGAAAUCGGCACCCAGGGAGGAGGGUGAGAGGUUCAGGUGGGGAACUGGCAGCAAGGACAGGAUGUUGAUUAAAGUUUCUGAUAGGGAGCCGAGUUUUCUGACACAGGGCAACGGCUUUUCUGGCUCCUCCCCACGCUCCAGGCGCUCAUCAAGCAACACCCCCUCUGACCCAGAAGCCACUCAACACUCUCUACCCGACCGCCGUCAAUCACAGUCUCCUUUCUUGAAGAGGGCGGAGCUUGGCGGAACUCAGCGCCGUUGCUCGGGUGAUUCGCAGCCCCCUUCUCCACGUUACGCUUAUGAGCCUCCACUUUACGAGGAGCCGCCCUCAGAGUACCAGUCUGCACCUAUUUAUGAAGAACCACCCAGUGAUAUGCAUUGUGACCCCAGCCUUUAUGGCUCUGAUAGGUCACCAGCACGUAAACCUGGUCUUUACCACUCCCCUAAACAAAGCCCUUCCCCAUACGGUCAACUAGUGUUGACCAGACAAAGAGGUUCUACCCCAGAGAAGAUCUCCAACCAGGGAGACCGUGACUAUAGCUCAAGUGGGCGUGACUAUAGUUCUGCAGGGCUGGACUAUAGUUUCGAUGGACGGGACUACAGCUCUGGUGGGCGGGAUUAUAACUCUGGUGGGAGGGAGUACAGCGCAGCAGGGCGGGAGUAUGUAAAGCAGCUGGUGUAUGUGGAACAGUCAGGCUCCUCCCCCCGAUUCCGGACAACGGAGCGACUCCUGAGCUACGGAACGACUGGACCGUGUGGAAUGUCCGCUGGAAUGUCUUACGGUGGCUCUUUCACACUACAGCACAGCCAUGAGAGUGGCGGUGGCAAUCGAAAACGUAAGAACCGCAAGCCCUCUUUGCCUGGUGGUGAGGGGGAUGGCAGUGGUUUGGCUGUAGGAGCAAUGCUUACACAGGCACGACUUGCCUGGGAAGCACAGCAGCUCAUACAGCAGCGUGGGGGUGGGGCAUUGGGAGGCGGGGCCAAGGACGGUUAUGAGAGCGACGGGGCCAUGCCCCUGCCACUGCCGGGACCAGUGGUUCGGGCAUUUAGCGAGGACGAAGCUCUGGCCCAGCAGGACACCCACUGGAAACGAGCUACUCUGGACAGACUUGCAUUCCCUCAGACACUUCUUGAGAAGAGCUUGUCUGUGCAAACCAACCUGGCAUCACCAGAACCUUAUCUGCACCCUUCCCAGUCGGAAGAUCUCGGUGCGUGCUCACAAUUCGAGGCGAGCCGGAACGCCCGGAACAUAAUGCCUAGUGCCAGCUGCGGCGUGUUUCCGGAAUUCUCCCUACGGAAGCCCUCCUCCGAGACUGACAUUGAGAACUGGGCGUCCAAGCACUUCAACAAACAUACACAGGGCCUGUUCAGGAGGAAGGUGUCCAUUGCCAAUAUGUUGUCAUGGAGCAGUGAGCCAAUCAAGAAGCCCAUGAUUGUGACAACAGACCGCAUGGUCAAGCGUGAAGCUGUGGAGCUCUUCAAGCUAAUCCAGACCUACAUGGGGGACCGGCGCGGGAAAACUGAACCAAUGGCUGUGGCCCUGGAGGUGGCAGUACGUGGCUGGAGCCACCAGGGUCUCCGGGAUGAGCUCUACAUCCAGCUGUGCCGGCAGACCACUGAGAACUUCCGCUAUGACAGUCUGCAGCGUGGCUGGGAGCUCAUGGCUAUCUGCCUGGCCUUCUUCCCUCCCACGCCGCGUUUCCAUAGCUACCUGGAAGGUUACAUCUACAGACACAUGGACCCACUCAACGAUACCAAAGGAGUGGCCAUUAGCAGCUAUGCGAAGUACUGCUACCGUAAAUUACAGAAAUCUGCACUAACUGGAGCUAAAAAGGGUUUAAAGAAGCCUUGUCUCGAAGAGGUAGCUUAUGCCCGGAAUGCCAUCUUUAGCCCCUCUAUGUUUGGCUCUUCUCUGGAGGAAGUCAUGGUGAUGCAGAAGGAGCGUUACCCUGACAGACAGUUGCCAUGGGUACAGACCCGUUUGUCAGAGGAAGUUCUGGGUUUGAAUGGAGACCAGACUGAGGGCAUCUUCAGGGUGCCUGGAGACAUAGACGAGGUGAAUGCGCUGAAGUUGCAGGUGGACCAUUGGAAAGUGCCAACAGGCCUGGAAGACCCACAUAUCCCAGCAUCUUUGUUGAAGCUGUGGUACCGGGAGCUGGAGGAGCCAGUGAUUCCUCACGAGUAUUACCAAGAGUGCAUCUCUAACUACGACAGUCCUGAAGCUGCAGUCAGCGUCGUCCAGAACCUUCCUCACAUCAACAAACUGGUGCUCUGCUACCUCAUCCGUUUCUUACAGGUGUUUGCCCAGCCUGCCAACGUAGCCAUCACUAAAAUGGACGUAAGCAACUUGGCGAUGGUGAUGGCUCCCAACUGUCUGCGCUGUCUGUCCGACGACCCGCGCGUCAUCUUUGAGAACACCCGCAAGGAGAUGAGCUUUAUCCGCAUGCUCAUUCAACACCUUGACACUAGCUUCAUGGACGGAGUUCUAUAGCCUGCAGAACAUGCAUACGUGCACACACACACACUUUCAUACGCAAACAUGCAAAACUCAUCUGUAUGCCUACGUUCUCCCUUUGACAUACACAUAUAUAGGCAUAAAUAUUACACAAAAUGUGAAAUAUGAUUAUGAACAAGCAAAGCAGACUCUGUAGACAUCUCUAGAGCAGCACACAUUGGUAUGAACUCACAUGCAAACACACAGAUUCACACCCACUGGACUGCACCUACAUUCCGUUUCAGGCCCUUUAUGAUUUCUGUGUUUUUGAAUGGAGCUGUGUGUCCAUGUAUACCAGUGACCUUGUGAGUGUGUUUGUGUGUGACUGUGUGUCUUGAAAGUGUGUGUGCGUGCAUGUGUGCGAUUCCGUCUAAUACUGAUUUUUAACUUGACUGACCUAAAUGACAGUCUACUAGUCUACUUGUUUUUAUAUGAUUAAUUUAUUUUUUAUUUAUUUUAACAGGUGUUUAUAACUAUUGCGUUUUGAGACAAUUUGUCAGCCUUGGCACUGUGUGUGUGUGUGUGUGUGUGUGUGUGUGUGUGUGUUUGUGUGUGUGUGUGUUUGUGUAUGACAGAGAGACUGCGACUGUGAGUGUAUGCUCAUGUUUAUGUACAGAGUGUUUCACAUAACUGUUCUCAUUUGCUUUCUGACUGUUUUAACAUACCACUCUGUGUGAACUACUGGGUGAAGGCUAUGAAGGAACAAGGCACAUGCCACCAUGUGCACACUACUGACACACCACCCCAGCACAGUCUCUCAACCACACACUAACACAAACCUACAACUCACGUUCACUCAUAGGUCCUGAAGCACACACCACACACACCAGCAGACAUUGAAUUGGGUUGGUGAUUGUAAUGACAUAACACACUGCCACAUAUAAAAAAAAUGAAUACAUGGUGUACUCACAUAUUUCUCCUCCCCUCAGGAGGAGCAGAAGAGAUAGCAUGAGGAAGAGACAGUGAUUAAAGAAGUUUAAUUUUAAAAAAGACUAGGCUUAUCUAGUCUUCACAUUCAAUUCAUGGCCACCAUGUUCAUUAUCAUUUAAGUAAUUCAAAAGAGAAAGAAAAAUACAAAAAAAGAAAAAUGUGAAUAACAUAAACAAAAAUGUAAUAUCACAAAAAGGAAUACUUCAAAAUCUGACAGCAAGUGAGUUGAGAACGACAAAGGUUUGGGUUUGUUUGUCAUUUUAGUGAACUAAAACCAAGCUAUUAGCAGAAACAUAGGAGUAAUAAAUGAUACAUAAAUUGCAAAAUAAAGAUGCCCAAGCUGGAUAACAAACCACUGAAAUGUGUCUGAAAAGGAGUGAGAGGUGAGAAAUUUCAAAAAGAAAAAAGUUAAGAUGAAACACUCGAGUAGCUCACUGUGACCAGCAUCCUCAGAGCAGCACAUACACACACCACAAGCACACACACUUACAAACCACACACACACACACACACACACACACACACACACACACACACACACACACACACACACACACACACUCACUCACUCACUCUCUCUCACACUCACUCACUAUGAACACAUACAUAGCUCAUCUGGCACACAGACAGGAAAGGCAGUGUGAAAAAGAAGUGAUUUCUGUGUGGAUGGCAGUCUGCUAAUGCUCCUGUCUCAGAUUACUACAUGGUUUUCUUAUGUUAAUGAAUUCAUGCUGAUAAAAACCCCUCUCUCCCCAUUUGUUCUGAGGUCUAAUAGUGACUUUGUUAAAUGGGAUACGGUCUAACUUUACAUUGUUUAAUAAACAAUUCAA